AUGGUGCGGCGCGUCUGUUUGCUCGGGAAUGUUCCUGGGACAACGUAUGUGUCCCCUGCCGAAUCACGAUUCCUUCCUGGACAAGGACUGGUACUGUAUCCAAAGAUAGGAGACAAACUGGAUAUUAUAUGCCCAAAGGUGGACUCUAAAACUGUUGGCCAGUAUGAAUAUUAUAAGGUCUACAUGGUUGAGAAAGACCAAGCAGAUAGCUGCAUUGUUAAAAAGGACAACACACCUCUACUUAACUGUGCCAAGCCUGAUCAAGAUGUUAAGUUUACUAUCAAGUUUCAAGAAUUCAGCCCUAACCUCUGGGGCCUGGAAUUUCAGAAAAACAAAGAUUAUUACAUCAUAUCAACUUCCAAUGGAUCACUGGAGGGCUUGGAUAACCAGGAGGGAGGGGUGUGCCAGACAAAAGCCAUGAAGAUCCUCAUGAAAGUUGGACAAGUUCCCAAUUCUGGUGGGUUCCCAAAUAAUGCUGAUCCAACUAAACGCCCGGAACAGGAAGCUGGUACCAACGGGAAAAGCUCUACAACAAGUCCCUUUGUAAAGGAUCACUCAGGUUCCAACACAGAUGGCAGCAAAGCUGGUCAUUCCAGUAUCCUUGGUUCAGAGGUGGCCUUAUUUGCAGGGAUAGCUUCAGGGUCCAUCAUAUUCCUCAUCAUCAUCAUCACGCUGGUGGUUCUGCUGCUGAAGUAUCGGAGGAGACACCGGAAGCAUUCGCCACAGCACACGACGACUCUGUCGCUCAGCACAUUAGCCACCCCGAAACGCAGUGGGAACAACAACGGGUCCGAACCUAGUGACAUUAUUAUCCCUCUGAGGACUGCAGACAGUGUCUUUUGCCCCCACUACGAAAAGGUCAGCGGCGACUAUGGACACCCGGUGUACAUAGUCCAAGAGAUGCCCCCUCAGAGCCCAGCGAACAUUUAUUACAAGGUCUGAUGAACGCUCGGCAUGGUACCUUUGGGAACUCUUUUCUGGCCAAAUGCUAUCCAUGACGGGGUUGGUUUGCGGCAAACCCCCAUGCAGGUUACUGGACCGGGUGUGGCGGAGGCAACAGCAAGGGGCCCCCCCACCCUGUUACAGAGAGACGGACAGCUUCUCUAGUCUGUAGAAUUCCUGCCUUGGUGGACAAGCUUUGGCUUGGGAGCUGGAAGAAUUUACAUAGAAGAUACCUAUACCAGUUGCUGUACAUUCAUCACCUUCUAAGCCAUGUGCUGCAGGUGUUCAGGCACGUACGAAAA